UUCCAUCGUACAUUAGAGACACAGGAGACCUCAUCAGUCAUCUCUCGCAACUCUCUGCAACAGGAAUGUUGGAAGAAAGCUACAUAUACUCCAACAACCCGUUUGCAAAUCAUAUCCUUUUCUAUAAGCGGUACAUCGAUGACUGUCUUCUAGUAUGGCGGGGCUCUGAACAGCUAAUCCAGUCUUUUCUACUGUACAUGAAUUGUCUACAUGAAACCAUCAAGUUCAGCAUGGAAUGUGAUCCUUUCAAGCUUCCAUCCCACCUCUUUGAAACAGGGGCUCCCAUACAGCCAAUUCCUAAGAGUGAGAAUCUGCAGUGAUGACCAAGACUUCCGGACUGAGACAGACAAGAUAUAUAGUCAAUUCCUGGCAAGAGGCUACAGCAAAGACACACUGGAUCGGGCCUUUCAUAAGGUAAAUUUGGCCCAGAAUGACACCCAAGCCAAUAAAAGAAGGAAAAAGGACCAUUCUGUGAUCUGCUGUACCAUCUACACACCUCGAACCAACCAGAUAGAAAAGAUAAUUAAGAAGCAUUGGGACAUCCUCAACACAGAUCAAGCAUGUGCCACCCUGUUUAGAGAUCCACCACUCUUUGCACACUCCAGGGCUAGAAAUAUACGCGACAUCGUGGUGCAUGCUGAUACGUUUGAUCGUUCUAAGACACCAUGGGAACGACUGGACAAUGCAAAAGGUUUUUUCCCCUGCCGGAAUUGCACAUCGUGCACCACUACAGGUAUGAAGAAAAUCAAUAAAUUCAAAUGCUCAAAGUCAGGUAAAGAGUAUACAAUCAACAAAUUCAUAACUUGCAGCCCUGUGAAUGUAAUUUAUUUACUAACUUGUCCUUGUGGAUUACAAUACAUUGGCAAGACCAACAGGCAACUGAGAAUCCGAAUCAACGAACACAGGAGUGCCAUCCACAGACAGGACAAUAGAUCAUCAGUGGCCAGACACUUCUCCAUGGCUGAGCAUAAGAUGAGUGACUUGGAGGUAGUGGGAAUUGAACAUCUAUCACCCAGCCGCAGAAGCCUAUCACCCAGCCACAGAAGCCGUGACAUGGAAAGCAAACUUCGACAAUGUGAAGCAAGCUGGAUUUUUUACAUGGGCACAUUGUCUCCUGGAGGACUCAACGAAGACUUUGACCUGACUUGUUUUUUAUAAACAUGGACAUUUGAGUGUGACUAAUAUUAAUCUCUCUCCUGCAAUGUGCACUUGUUGCAGUAUGUGAGUGUUGCUAAUGUUUUGCUUCUGGAAUGGAUGAUUGAAAAUGUUAGUCUCUGGUGCAUGUUAAUUCAUUGCUAAUUGAGUGUUUGGUCAAGUAUACUGUGAUUGGUCCAUGUGAAUCCUGUUAACGAUGUCAUGUCCUUUAUAUGCUGUGAACUCUGAUUGCUGAGAAUUUGCACUGAGGAUGGGGUCACCCGAAACGUUUGCACUUGCACUUUAGUUUACCU